AUGGUGAUAUUUACAAAUCAACAAAACUAUUAUAGUAUUGUUAUUUCUAUUACUUCGGAUAUGGAUAGUCUUUAUUCUUGGGAAGAAGUUAUUCUUUUGAAGGAAAAGACCAGAAAAUUCUUACUGACCAAAUUUGAAGUGUUAUCAAAAAAGCUAAGAGAAUAUAAAGGUCAA